CUCCUGGCGCCGCCCGUCCCGCCGCCCGGGGAGCUCCCAGCCAAGCCCAAGCGGAGCCGCAAGGGCUGGGCCCACAAGCGCCCCACCAGCCACCCCUGCAGCCACCCCAGCUGUGGCAAGACCUACACCAAGAGCUCUCACCUCAAGGCCCAUCUCCGCACCCACACAGGCGAGAAGCCGUACCACUGCACCUGGGAGGGCUGCGGCUGGAAGUUCGCCCGCUCGGAUGAGCUGACGCGCCACUACCGCAAGCACACGGGGCAGCGCCCGUUCCAGUGCCGGCUGUGCCAGCGUGCCUUCUCCCGCUCCGACCACCUGGCCCUGCACAUGAAGAGACACAUGUAGUGACUGCGCCCGGCUCUGCCUGCGCCACGGACUGGAGCGGC